CACUUCGGAUUGUGCAGCGGAAUACCUUCACCGACGUCAGUCAAACUGCUGUACAUUACACGAGCCGCAUAAGUAUUAUGUUAACGUGAGCUUCGCAGAAAAUGUAUGGAUUGCGUUUCGGCGAUCCAGCAAAAUUCUCUCACUGACGGGUGUCAUAUCGAUGCACGAAGAGUCGUGGAAGUGAAGGAAGAAGAGAUCUCGAUAGAAGGAUGGCUGAAUCGUCCGAAUCUGUCAAACUAGAGGUACUCCAAAACACUGUGGUGAAUCCGGACAAGUCCGCGUCCGUCGAUAUGGAAACAUCAAAGCACGAUGCAGUGAAGACUGCGGAAGAAUCCUCGUCCGCCGAAGUGGAAGCGGUUGAGGAUGUUGUGGUGAAGAACAUAGCAUCCACGGACACGACGGACAAAAAGGCUAAACAGGAGAAUAGCUUCGCUGCCAAGAAGACUGUCGCACAGGGUAUGAUGGACGUCGCGCUCAUAACAGCUAACGCGAAUCAAUUGAGGUACCUGUUUGAAUAUCAGCGUGGUAGUUCGAUGUUCUACUUCAUCGUGGUCUUGAUUUCCAUCAGUCUGUUGUUACAGGUCAUCGUUGGCGUUAGUUUGAUCUUCAAAGGCCGAUUUGACUUGAAAGGCAAGUCGAAGUCCCGCAAAGCUCAGAUGAUCAACAAUUAUGUUGUAGCAGCAGUUUUUCUAAUCACGAUCAUCAAUGUAUUCAUAGCUGCAUUUAGUAUAUCUGCUCCUACCACACAACCGCUUUAAGUUAUAUCUACGAUAGCCAAAACGAAAAUGCUCCGCGAACGAUAUUAUAAUUACGUUUACACUUCUGUUUUUAAUAUUAAUAAUAAUUCUCUAUAUAAUAACGAUAAAAAGUAUGAUACUCGUACAAAGAAUAUAAAUAUAGAAUUUCUAAUGACUGAUCUAUAUAAAGUAAAUUAAAAUGACAGAAGCGUCAGCGAUUUUACAACUUAUUAUAAAUAUGUUAGUAAAUAAUUACAUAUUAUUUUUAUCUCCAUGUAUAAUGUGUAUGCAUAGCGGCGUUAGUAAGUUAUUUUAUUUAAAAUUUAGACGACUGUGCCAUUUCGCUGUCUGUAAGAGAAUACACGAUUAAAAAGUAUGGAUAAUUUCGCGACACUAUCCAUACUUGGAUCUUAUAUUUCAAUAAAUAAAAUCUGUGCGUGAUGCUAAGAUUUCGUUUAUUGUAUAAUAUAACAUAAUAUAAUGUAACACGAGCGACACGGAUUGCGAUUCAUUAUCACAUCGUUCACAUUUGUUUUGGAAGUAAAUUCAUAACAAUAUGCGUAAAAUAAGUUUUUCACUGCACGAAAACAUAGCUGAUAAACUUUAAAACAGAUAAUUCGAUCGUCAUAUAAAAUUGUGCAAUCAUCACGAUUAACCCUUUCAGUCGCGGAUCAGUUUCUUUCUCUUAGAAUUUCAUAUCUAUCUACUCCAAUAACGAACGAGAUAAAGUUGAUUUUCCAGAAAUUAUUUUAAGGAAGACAAUGCGUUCGAAAUACAAUGAUAAGUCACAAGAAACAUAUAUCGUACAAAUAUAUGAAAGGGUUAACGUCAGGUAAGUUAACUGUAUAAUAUAUAAUAAGAUUGAAAAUAUUGAUUAUAAAUAAUUUUUAAUUUAUGUUGAUUGAUGCUAAUCUCACACACAUCCUCAAAAAAAUAAUAGAAACUACAAAAAAAAGAAAAUGCGUUCUGGCAUCUGUAAAAUUGAUAUGUCUCAGUGUUUCAGUGAUAACUAUGACAUUUAAUCAGACAAUAACUAACACAAAAAAUGCGAUAUAAAUCUUAGAUAACGAUAAACGUUAACAGUAGUGUGCGCAAUACUGCUAUUUCGUUUUGCAGUGUAUUACAAGUCUACCAUGUCAUUGCUUACAUCAUUAGCAAAAAUAUUUCUUUGUUUUUUAGUAGGAUCUAUCAAAUAGAAUCUAUGUGCAUGCAAAUAUUCUCAGCAUAUGGCUUAAACUAAUUUUCAAUUUAUAUAUAUAUAUAUGUGUGUGUAUGUGUGUUUGUAUAGGUGUAAAAGUUAAUUAUUAAAUAAAUAAUAAUAUAAACAUUUCUUUUUUAACAUAUGUUUAAUGUUAUUUGCAUAACUCUAUAUAACAAGUUUAAUUUUAAACGACAAUGGCUCUGUUAAAGUUCUGAGUUAAACUCGUUAGAAGCGGUUUCAUCAACGUCCAUUACCUUUAAUCCGAUUUUCCAUUCUUUUACUCUUUUUUGUUUUUUAAUAUAGUGUGAACAGAGAAAAACAGAAUUGAAUAACUACGGUUAAUGCUAAUCGUCGUUGAUGAAACUAACUUUCAUUCGUUAAUCAUCACGAAAUCAUCUAGAUAUCUUACGCUAUAUCUUCGUUUUUAGCACGAUGCUAUUUACUGCUAUUUAUUGCGAUUUCUGGAAAUAAUUUUAAUUCGAUAUCAAAUAAAAAUGGAAGUUACCGUUUGACACGUAUGUAACGCGUUCUAUAUAUUGUUAUAUAUAUAUGGUAUAUUAUAAA